AUGGCGGGGCCCGAGCUCAGGCGUCUCUGCGCCGCGUUGCCGGAGAUCAGCCCUGGAGUUCGUUGUCCAACUGGCGAGGCCAGGAUUACAGCCGGUGCCCGCUUAAACGUGGGGCACGUGAUCCAUGCCGUGGCACCGGUCUUCCCCGCCUAUGCCCCCGAGGAAGCAGAGCGGCUGCUGGAGCAAGCGUUUCUGUCUUCAUUGCUCCUUGCCCAGGAAGAAUCGGUGCAUGCGGUGGCUAUUCCUGCCUUAGGCUGUGGCUUGUUUGGCUGCCCUGUAGAGGUGGGUGCUCAUGCAGCCCUGGAAGCCUGCAGAGACUUCUCUAUGGGUCAGGGGCCGAAGCCCGAAGUACACUUCGUGCUUUAUAAAAGCUCAGAGCUGAGGGCGUGGCUGACCGCCACAGAAGCAGUGACCACACCACUCAGCAACCAAAGGACUUUGCACAUGCCUAGCAGCGCGGCGCGCCUGGUGCCGACUCCAAAAUGUGACUGA